UUAUGGACUACCAUUAUCAGAUCAGAUUCACUAAUCACAACCAUUGCAACUCUACCAUUACUAUCUAGUAUUAUCUCCGUCUUAAAUAAUUACAUUUCUAUCAUUUAAAUUUUAUCCCAAAAAAAUUUCUGCUGACAAAGGAUCCAAAUAUUCCUUUUAAUCAAGUUUAAGAAUGGUAAUUAAGUGGGCUUAUUGUCUCGACCUUCCUUUUAAUCAAGUUUAUGUAGGUAAUGUGUGGUCAUUAAAUUGGGUUAUUGUGUUAAAUUGUGUUUGUUGCUAAUCUAUCUUUAAUUCUCUCAAAAUGUAAUUAGUUUGGGAGGGAGGUAGUAGCAACUAGCAACUAAUUACUAGGUCUAAGGUGAAAAACACAGGGACCUGCGAUGUGGGUCCCACACCCUGUACCAGGCCCAGGCCCGGCAAGCCCACGGGCGCCGCGGGCCCAUCCACCACCAGCACCAACCACGGCGAGACCUCACGACCUCGCCCACCUCUCCCUAUAUAUACCCCCUCGCCAUGGCCGCCUCCUCGUCACCACCAUCACCAACCACCAACUACAGCAAGCUUGAGCUCACCGGCGGCAAUGGCGAUCAAGAAGGGCGGCGCGGCGGGGCUGAAGCAGAUACUGAAGCGGUGCUCGAGCCUGGGGCGGCGGCAGCAGGAGCAGAAGCAGGUCAGCGAGUGGGAGGAGGAGGAGGAGGCGUCCGGCUUGCCGUCCGACGUGCCGAGGGGCCACUUCGCGGUGUACGUCGGCGAGCGGCGGCGGCGGUUCGUGGUGCCCCUCGCGCUUCUCGACCGGCCGGAGUUCCGCUCCCUGCUCCGCCGCGCCGAGGAGGAGUUCGGCUUCGCCGGCGCCGGCGCCGGCGGCCUCCUCGUCCUCCCCUGCGAGGAGGUCGCCUUCCGCUCCCUCACCUCCUCCCUCCACUACUCCUGCACCCGCUGAACCCGCCGCCGCCGCAUCUGUACACUAGCUAUAUUAAUUCCUUCUUCCAUUGCUCCGGCAAGAUCAGCUAGCUUAGCUCGAUCUAGCAAUGAAUACUACCGUGUAAAUAUGAACCACACCGGCCGGAUCGAGAUUCAUCGAUUGAUCAUCUUGAUCGUCGGAGCUAGCUAGCGGCGCAUGCGCAGAUUAGCGCGCGCCCUAGCUAGAGGUAGACGAAGACGAAGGCGAAGUUUAAUUAAUUUGGAGCUAUAGCUAGCUAGCUUAGCUGGUGUCGUUGCAUGUAUGCUGUUUUUUUUUUUUUUGGUGAGUGAUGAGUUCGAACGAACUGAAUCAUCAUUUACUCAUUAUUUUUUUGGUCUCGUUGUACAUGCAAAUUAAGGUAAUGAAUGACCGGCCGGCUAAUUAAGAAGCUAGCUAGCUAGCUAUAUAGCUAGAGAUCGAGAUAUCCAAAAUGCAACCAUGCAUGUGUUCUUGAUAUGUAUACAUUUUGAUUAAUGGAAAGAGUAGUCGUGAUAAUAGUUAAUGAC